UUCGAGCCGGCUUCUUCCCUAUCCGCGCUUCAGGAUCCUCAUAACUGCUGUCUGUCAGGCCAGAGGCAGCGCUCGACAGACUUGCGACAAUGUCGAUGCUAGCGGAGCGUCGGCGGAAGCAGAAAUGGGCUGUGGAUCCCAGAAACACUGCGUGGAGUAAUGAUGAUUCCAAGUUUGGCCAGAAGAUGCUUGAGAAGAUGGGGUGGUCUAAAGGAAAGGGUUUGGGGGCUCAGGAGCAAGGAGCCACAGAACAUAUUAAAGUUAAAGUUAAAAAUAACCACCUGGGACUUGGAGCUACAAACAAUAAUGAAGACAACUGGAUUGCUCACCAGGAUGACUUCAACCAGCUUUUGGCAGCACUCAACACUUGCCAUGGCCCGGAGACAGCAGAUUCCUCAGAAAACAAGGAAAAGAAAUCUUUUAGCCUUGAAGAAAAAUCCAAAAUCUCCAAAAACCGGGUUCAUUAUAUGAAAUUCACAAAAGGAAAGGACCUGUCCUCUCGGAGUGAAACUGACCUGGACUGCAUUUUUGGGAAAAGGAGGAACAAGAAGCUUGCUCAGGAUGGCUGCAGCAACUCCACUACGGAUGAGGUGGACAACUCUACGACCACGACCACAACCACAACUACAACUAGUGCCUUCACCAUCCAAGAAUAUUUUGCCAAGAGGAUGGCUCAGUUAAAGAGCAAGCCACAGGCCUCAGCUCCAGACUCUGACCUUUCAGAGACCCCUGUUGAAUGGAAAAAGGGAAAGAAAAAAACCAAAGAGGCAGCAGGCAUAGAUGUAGAGAACUCCCCCCAACACAAGGCCAAGAGGCAUAAAAAGAAGAAGCGUGUGGAAGCAGACAGGGGCUCUGUGGCCAAGAAAAGAGACCAAGCUGAGCUGCAGCCUGGAGGCCCCAGUGGAGACGAGUGUUCUGAUGCCUCUGUUGAAGCUGCAGAAGAGUGUAUACAAACACCAGACAGCCAGGAUGAUGUCCCAAAGCCCAAGAAGAAGAAAGCCAAGAAAAAGCUGCAAAGGCCAGAAGGAAUAGCAGUAGACACCACACUAGACAAAGCACCAGUGAAAAAGAAGAAGAAAGUUUCCAGAUAACUUGUCGCUAACUAGGGUCUCCAACCACUCAGCUGUCAGCACACUGCAGGGCAAAAUGCUCUGGUAUGAAGUCAGAGCACAGUGACUUUUAGGCACUCAGGCAGCUCAGCAUCCUUUAGCAUGCCUACACGUUGCUGGCUCUACUCACCAAGUCACCAUUUCUCCCAAGUCACCUUCCUAGGAGAACUGAUUUGAAUCUUGGCUUCAG